AUGAUUGUUGCUAUGGAGCUUGGAGGGAUGAAUUUUGAAAAUUAUUUUGAUAUAAAAAUGAGUGAAAUUGUGAAUAGAGAAGCAAAAAAUGGGAUACUUCUAGAUAAUGAACGAGAAUUUCUUCUUUUAAAUAUUCUCAAAUGUGCUGCAAAAGCGCUCCAAAAAUUUCAUCAACGUAAAAAUUAA